UAACCUCCCAUUCCCCUGUAAGAAGAACUUGAGCCAUCGAUUAGAAAUAGAUUAAGCAUUCAACUCCAACAUGGAUCACCCAACACUAUCAUUACUUUCAUUCAUACUAACAUUUCAUCUAUUACAAUCAGGGGUUAUUUCAACGACAUUCACUCUAGUUAACAAAUGCGACUACACGGUGUGGCCGGGGAUUCUCUCCAACGCCGGCGUUCCUCCGCUCCCAACCACCGGCCUCGUUCUGCACACCGGCGAGUCGAGCACGAUAACCGCACCCGCCUCCUGGGGCGGGCGCUUCUGGGGCCGAACGCUCUGCGCCGAAGACUCCGCCGGAAAAUUCUCCUGCGUCACCGGCGACUGCGGGUCGGGAAAGGUGGAGUGCGGCGGCAGUGGCGCCACCCCGCCGGCCACCCUGGCGGAGUUCACUCUGGACGGCGCCGGGGGGCUGGACUUCUUCGACGUGAGCCUGGUGGACGGCUACAACGUGGCGAUGCUGGUGGUCCCGCAGGGCGGCUCCGGCGAGAAGUGCGCCGCGACGGGGUGCGUGGGCGACCUGAACGGCGCGUGUCCGUCGGAGCUGAAAGUGACGGGCGCCGACGGGAGGGAGGGCGUGGCGUGCAAGAGCGCGUGCGAGGCCUUCAACGCGCCCCAGUAUUGCUGCAGCGGCGCGUACGCCACGCCCGACACGUGCAAGCCCUCCUCUUACUCGCAGAUCUUCAAGAGCGCUUGCCCACGCGCUUAUAGCUACGCCUACGACGACAAGACCAGCACCUUCACUUGCGCUUCCGCCGAUUACACCAUCACCUUUUGCCCUUCCCCUACCACCAGUCAGAAGGCAUCACAGGGGCAAGACACGAAACAGGAUUCGCCGUUACUCAACAACGCAACCAUGGUGUACGAAGGUGCUUUCGGUCAGAGCGAAAUCUCGCGGGCCUCAAGCCGCCACGUGUCCCAAUCCCAAGCCAUUGCCGGCAUUGUAAGCAUCGCGAUGGCUAUGUGGCGGUUGUGCCACCUCUACUAGCUCUUCUUCCUUCAGCGUUUUUCACAGGGCUAGCUGGGCCCAUGAGCCUCAUCAAGUCCACGUUCAUUGGCCCAACAAGAUCGUGCGAGUGGGCCCCUCUUGCUCACCAAGAGCAAGAAUCAUGUGAGCUGUGUAUGACCAUGCUGACGCGGAUGUGACUCGUUUGUACGUGUAUACUACAAGUAACAACGUAGUGAGGGAAUUUUGAGUGUUUUUUAGGUAUUAAUUUAUUUUUCUAGAUUAGUUUAUCAAUAUUCAAUAGCUAGGUAUACUAUUAUUGCAUUCUUUGUGCUAUGGGCAGGGAAAUUCUUUAUUGGUUCGGCAAUGUGCUAUUGUAAUAUUUAACUGCAAUAAAGAAAUGGAUUCGUAUAUUUUGGUACUGUUA